AUGGAAGAUAACAAUAUUUUGAUUACCACUUACUUUACUGCACCGAAAAAAAAGAAAAGUAACACUGUUACCGUCGUUAACAAUCAAGAUGUAAAUUUAAACCUUCAAGAGCAAUGCAUUCGUAGCGAAACACCUGACAAGAAUAAAAUUCAUCCAACGAUUAGAAAUCAAAACAAGGCAACUGUUGAGAAAGUAGAGCUCGCACAGGAUAGUUCACUAGUGAAAAAUACAUCUUUAAUGGCUACCCGUAAAAGAAAAGCUACCAUUUCCGAUGAUGUUACGGAGCCAUUGCCUCAAGAGCAAGUUGCCAACUUACAAAUAGAUGAAAAUAAUCCUACCUUUAAACACUUUAGCCCUCUUAAAGUAGAAAUUGAUUUAGCACAAGAAUCAUGUGACUUAGAUAAGUCUCUAUUAAGCACCAAUAACACAAGUACAGUAAAUUCUCUUAAAAUUACAUCAGAUUUAGCUGAGAUGGCUACAUUGAGAAGAACAACUCGCCUACAAAGUAAACGAGCGAUUUCGUCACAAAUGGACGCGGUUAAUUUUAUAGGAACAAAUCAUCUACCUCGAAAUGGAUCACAUGAAAUACAACCAAUAAAUAAGAAAAGUAACGCUUCAAGACAUAUGCCAUUUAAGCAACAAACCAUUACCUUUUCCGCCAUCGAUACUUUAACAAAAUCCCUAAGAUCACGUAAGGAUAGACAACAUAUUGGCGAUGAAAACAUGCAACCGAAUUAUGAUAAUGUAGCCUAUAAUAAAGCUAACGACAAUUCCGUCAAUGGAUCAGUCACGCCUGCUACUGAACUCAUCUCAAAGCCCAAUCCGUGUAAGCUUGCAAGCAGUUACCAAGGAAAUGCAACAGCAACUACAGUAAUAGAGAGAUCAGUACUCCAGAAUGAAUGUAAAACCGCAAGUGGUCAACUUAUAGAGGAGCUAGCAGCGCCACCUAUCAUCCUAAAUACUGGAGAUCACUGCAAUAAAGAAAUUCAAACGAUGGAGAUAGGGAAAGAGAAAAUUGAUACAACCCCGAAAGAUAAAUUAUGUAGUAAAGACGUCAAGCUGGCGCCAAUAUUCCUACGAACAAGAAAGAAAGACAAGAAUAAUGAUGUAACGAUACAGAAGCAAACAUCAAAUAAUAGUGUAAGUCAACCUAUCCAGAACACUGUAGUAGCGAAUGACAAAAUACCUGGGUCUAAUAUACCGGAAAGCCAUACGGCUAAGAAGGUUGUAACGAAUGCUUUUGAGAGAUUGAUCAGCAGUUCGAAAGAGAUUGGAAAUUGUAAAAGAAAUACAAUAGAAAAUAUAGAAAACACAGUAAUAUCUACUUCAAUAACCUCCUUCCCUACCGUAAGUCAUGUUCGACAACAAGAAAAGGACAAUUGGUUAUGGCAUUUGCCCAAAGUAGAUAUAGAAAACUUAUUCGUUAACAUUAAGACUCCAACCGUUACAAAGGAUGAGACUUGCAAUGGAUUAUCACUAAAAACUCUAUCGUCUUCGUUAACAUUUCCAGACUAUGUCUCUGAGCGGAUUAAAAACCUAAAACCUAGAAAGCAGGAGGCGCUGACACAUCCUGUUACACCAGUAAAUAAAUCUUGCCUUAUACCUGCUUUGCACAAAAUUAAAGAAGCUUUUCCAGAUAUAAAUAUAGAUAAAUUAUUUAGCAUGUAUAUGAGGAAGAAAUCUGUAAACCAAACCGGUAAUGUAAAUAAUCCAGAUACGCAGGUACUUCAAUACAAGAAUAAAGGUAAUUUAAGCCCUUCCAAAAUAUCUGCAAAAACAAUUAAGAGAACCUCUUUAGUUGUUGAUAGUCACCCAAUGACUAAGCGAUCUAAAGCCAAUCCAACAACAUCUUCUCAACGGAAAAUAGCAGAUUUUCCAAUCACAAAGUCUUUUGGGUUACAACAUUGCGUCAGUUUAAAGGAAGAAAGCAAUAUGAAGCCGAUUCCAGAUCGAAAUGUUGGUAAAUCUGGAGAAAAAAUAGUCGAUGAAAUGGUCAGUAGCAACAAAAUGCUAGUGAGCAAUACCACAGAGAAUUCUAGUAGAAAGGAUAAAAAGAAGCACAAUAAUGGCACUCAGACCAAGAUUUUUCAACUCUUUUUAAAGCAACCUUUACAGAAAACUACAUCUCUUAGCCAGUCAUUAAGUGAACCAAAGAUUGAUGCCUCAGCAAAGUCAACAGUUAAUCCAUCUACUUACACGAGUAAUGGUGACUCUCAUAUAAAUCGAUCGCCAGAAAUAAUCGCCACUAAUCCAAUAUUGCAAGUAGCCGACAGCAACGAUUUGCGUGAAGUUAGUAGAUCCGCGAAUGAUAGGGCCAUGAUGCUCAACGCAGUCACAGUAAAUUUGACAGAUGAAGGGGAAGGGAACAGUAGAACCAGUAAGGAAGUAAUAGAAUGUAUUACGGUAGACCUAGAAAAUCGCGAUAUUAAAGCAGAUUCAGGAAAAGACGGCGAAACUGAAAGCAUGGAUGCUAAUGUUGAUAAGCUACCUAAACCUGGAAAUACGAAUAAUAAUGGCAAAGCUCAAAAUAAACCUUUUGCUGGUCCAGUCGCAGAUACGUUAUGGACUGAGAAAUAUCGUCCUCGAAACCAUUCAGAAAUGAUUGGUAAUAAAAAAGUAGUAAACAAAUUUUAUAAAUGGCUGAAAAUUUGGAAAAUUAAACUAAAUGACUUUAACGUUAAAAGCGAAAAACAUGGUAAUUACUCGAAAAAGCAACCAUCACGCGCUUGGGAUAGCGAAGAAGAUGAUGAUUUUCAGACUGAAUCCUUGAGACAACAUAUAGAUGAAAUUUCCUACAAUUACAAUACUAUGUUACUAUCAGGACCUUCGGGAAGUGGAAAAACAGCUACCGUAUAUGCAUGUGCUGAACAAUUAGGAAUGCAAGUUAUUGAAGUUAAUGCGUCUUUUAAGCGCUCUGGUAAACUUAUUAUGUCACAGCUUAGAGAAGCUACACAGUCGCAUCAAGUAAACUUUACUCCGAACUUAAACGAUAAAGUAGAUAGUAAAUCGGACCCUAAAAAUCUUAAAAGUAAUCCUGUUGUCGGAAAGAAAGUAAGCAAGAAAGAUUCCAGCAGCAAUCUAAUAACUUCGAAACCUAAAACGCCCUCGUCUGAACUAAAGAAACUCAGUAUGACAGUAAUACUUUUUGAAGAGGUUGACCUUUUAUUCGAUAUUGACGAAGGUUUUUGGUCCGCUGUAAAUUCUUUAAUGGAAAAUACCAAAGUUCCAAUCGUUUUAACAUGCAGUGAUACAGCGUUAUUACACAAUCUAAAACUUCCGUAUGGUCAUCUUAUAUAUAACGCACCCUCGAAUAAUUUAGUGGCUGUCAACAUGCAAGUAAUGUGUCUUGUUGAAGGAGCUGUAACCGAUAAGAAGGAUAUCAUCACAAUUUACCGAGAAUGUAAAUUUGAUAUUCGACGUACUUUACUUGCGCUACAAUUUUGGAUUGAGCAUCCAUUACUUGACUAUAAAACUGAUAUGAUGGACAAUGACAAAAACUCCAAAGUCAAAUCUACAGACUGUCAUAGUUUGGAAACUCUGGAUAGCAAUGUGAAUAACCCGAUAGAUAGCACCAAUACCACAGUUGAUCCAGCUUCAUUUCCGCAUACUUUCCCUAAAAAUAUUGAUAAUUUGAUUGAAUGUCACCUUGGAUUGGCUGAAUUUAGAAAAUUCUUCAAUCAUUUUCUUGACAAUUGGAAUAAUACUAACGAAAUAUCGUCCCAGGGAUGUUCGACCUGUUAUACAACUACAUGUAUACAAUCGCGAAAUUUACAUUUAUCGUAUUGUAACUGUUUACCUUUCAUCGCUGCUUAUUCUACUACCGCGUUAUGUGCAGAUCUAGAUGCUAUUAAUGAAAAUAAAUCAACUGACGCUGAUAUAAGCGAUUUACCAGUAACCAGAGAAGAAUCUUCGACUCAUAGCUCCUUACCAUCUAAGGACUUUGAGAGAAAAUCUUUAGCCAUAAUGACUGAUUUUCUUGUAAAUAAUUCCUUCAUGGAUUCCGGCCUGCUGACUUCUUCGACUUGUAAAGAUUUCGACGAGGAAAUGAACGACAUUAAUAAUUCCAUUAGGGAUAGCCUUGAAUCUAGUUUUGAAAUAAAUGAAGGUGAUGUGCUCGAUUUAUAUAAUGCACAAGUUAACUAUGAAAUCAGAGAAGCAAUUGAAUCAACUAGUAUUGAAGCUUGCAGUAUCAAUCUUAAGACUGCCUUCGAAGACUCAUAUCGAAAAGGUAUUACCAUUGUUCGAAUGUAA